AUGCUGAUCACUUAUGGUAAACCUACUAUCUACAAUAGCUACAGUAGUCCUAACGUUUCCACAUGGCAGGAAUGUGUGGAUUAUUGCUUCGAUUUGGACACUUGUAUUGCAGUAUACGAGAACAACUGCCAAAUGUUCCAAGUCGGUCAAGUCAUCACUGCUACUCAUGCUGAAAAUGGUUCAAGAUUUGCUUUUAAGCACUCUUCAUCAGAUACCACGUGUCCUGUAAACCACUUGAUAUCCUUUUCAGGCCCUCCUUGCAAUGUAACCUACAAUGAUUCUACUUGGACAUUUGGCUGCCAAAUACCCACGUGCCCCGAUAACUUUACAUAGUUCCACAGAGCUAAAGGACUUCGAUGCUCACAGGUUGUUGAGCACUAUGCGUGCUGCAACAGGACAGUGUCGGAUAUUAUGUGCGACAAUUUGAAUAGUAGCAUUUCGGGUCCCGAGACAAAAGUUGAGCACGAUUUUGUUGUUCAAAAAACUAUUCCGAUCUUCAAUAAGAUAAAGGCAUUGGAUGGAACAUACAAAAUAACCGGUGUAUGGUUAGAUGGUGCACGGAAGGCGAGCUGCAUGGGGACCAGCGUAUAUCCAUGCAAUACUACGGAGGCGUUCUCCUUCACGGACCCCACCCUCUCCGCAAACCCCGCCGGCUACAUUUGGCAACAAGGCAACCCAGAUGGAAACCCGGCACCUGCUGAUGGAAUAGUCCUAAAAUUUAAUGCAACAGAUUGGUACGCAAUAGAUGACGCCGACGCCUCCCUGCCUACCUCAGCGAAAAUCGGGUGCUGGAAGGGUUAUGUCUGCGGGGUAAAACCUACAUUGGUGUGA